UUAGCCAGAUUUUUUAAUGAGGUCAUACAAAACAGUUGCUCUGGAUUUUACUUUUAGUCAACAUUUCAAGCUAAAGUAAGACUCGAGUCACUGGAUUUCUUAUGACAUGUGAUGCCAACUUGGAUUGUAGAAGCGAAAAACAAAACAACAGCCAGAAGAAAAGCCCCAGCAACAAACUCGGCCUAAACCAGACUGCAAGACACUGGAAGUGCCUGUUGGGUGUAACGCGGACACUGAUAAGGAACAUAUCCUGUGGCAGGAGAUGACAUGGACACUCCAUCCACGGCCUGAGUAAGCCACGGCAUCCCCCUUGCUCCCAGCUCUCUAGUGUCCACACCAUGAGACCAGCCUGGGGUAGAAUUUCCAGGCAGAACACUAACAAAGAUUUGUUAGCAUCACACAUGGACGUGGCCCGCCCUUCAAACAAAGCUUCAGUUUUAAGCUUCAUUGAAUUGUGUCGCCAGUGCCAGGGAACACAGAAUUAAGAAAACACGCAGACAGCCCUCAAGAUGCCGAAGAGCAACAUACCACCUCCACUACCGACGUCCCCGACAACGACGACCGAGAUCAUCAAAGCGGUCUCGCCCACAGCAUCGUCCCCAAAGCUGAAGAACCGCUUGAGUGUUAUGUUGCACAAUGCCACUCACCACAACAAAGACAAAGUCAAUAAAGGCAAUGGUGGUGAGAUUACAUGGUGUUUUUCUCAAGUGAAAGGUUCAAUAGAAGAGGAAGUAGCUGAAGCAGCCGACAUCAUUUCAUGUGUUGAAUUUAACAGUGAUGGAGACCUCCUAGCAACAGGUGAUAAAGGAGGUCGUGUUGUCAUUUUUCAGAGGGAUAAAGCGAGCAAAAAUGCUGUCCCUAGUCGUGGCGAAUAUAAUGUUUAUAGCACAUUUCAGUCUCAUGAACCAGAAUUUGAUUACCUUAAAAGUUUGGAAAUAGAAGAAAAAAUUAACAAAAUAAGAUGGUUGCAGCAAACAAAUAGAAAUCAUUUUCUACUUUCAACAAAUGAUAAAACCAUCAAAUUGUGGAAAGUUGCCGAACGGAACAAAAGACCUGAAGGUUAUAAUUUGAAAGAUGAACUGGGCCAGACUCGAAAUAAAACUGCUAUUAAAUCUUUGAGAGUACCUAUCUUCCAACCUAUGGAACUUAUGGUAGAAGCUAGCCCAAAGAGAGUAUUUGCAAAUGCUCAUACAUACCACAUCAAUUCCAUAUCGGUUAAUAGUGAUUUGGAAACAUAUUUAUCAGCAGAUGACCUUAGGAUAAAUUUAUGGAAUCUGGAAAUCACAGAUCAAAGCUUUAAUAUUGUCGAUAUAAAACCUGCUAACAUGGAGGAACUUACAGAAGUAAUAACUGCUGCAGAAUUUCACCCUAAAGAAUGUAACAUGUUUGUUUACAGCAGCAGCAAAGGUAGCAUUAGAUUAUGUGACAUGAGAGAACAGGCACUCUGUGACAAACAUGCUAAAUUGUUUGAAGAGCCAGAAGAUCCAACAAAUCGAAGUUUCUUCUCUGAAAUAAUUUCUAGUAUAUCAGAUGUAAAAUUUAGUCACAGUGGCAAAUAUAUGAUUACUAGAGACUAUUUGUCUGUCAAAGUUUGGGAUCUGACUAUGGAAUCCAAACCUGUUGAAACUUACCAAGUUCAUGAAUACCUCAGAAACAAAUUGUGUUCCCUUUAUGAAAAUGAUUGUAUCUUUGACAAAUUUGAAUGUUCUUGGAGUGGUGAUGACAAGCAUAUAAUGACUGGUUCAUACAAUAAUUUCUUUAGAAUGUUUGAACGUGACAAUAAAAGAGACAAUACAUAUGAAGCUUGUAGAGAAAUUACCAAAUCAAGAACUGUUCUUAAACCUAGGAAAGUUUCCACUGGUGGAAAACGUAAAAAGGAUGAAAUUAGUGUAGACUGUUUAGACUUCAAUAAAAAAAUUCUUCAUACGGCAUGGCAUCCAUUGGAGAACAUUGUUGCAAUAGCUGCCACUAACAAUUUGUAUGUGUUUUCUAGUAAGGAUUAACCUAGGUCAUAUUUAGAAAAUUAGUCUGCUGGUUGACCAGUUGCUGAAUUGCUUGAAGUCCUCCCCCUCUCUAAGGCGCCUGGAGUGGGGUAAAGAGGAUAUGUUGUCAUCACCGUCUUUCCAUGUACUGGAUUGCUGCUCAAUUCUGGAUCUAAAACUCCUUGCCACUCUAAGAUGUGGAAAUUACCAGUUUCUAAUUAGGAGAAUACUAGAAGAAACGGUCUUGUCACUGGGGAAGUGAUGUUUUGUUGAUACACAGGUUUGCGAGUCACAGCAAAUCUGAUUUUUUAAUCAAUUAGCUGACACAUGCUAAUGGUUCAGUCUAUUGCAUUCCUGCCUGAUUUUGAUGUGUAUGAAAGUGUCUAGUCUUAAGUUGUAAACCUACCACAUCAUUUUGUCAGUAUUGUUAGUAAUAAUUACAGAUAUUGGAUUAUUAAGCUAAAUGUGAUAACCAUCACUCUGUUAUUGGACCAAAGAGUGAAUAUUGUUGAAUGACAAAACAGUUUUACAGUAACCACUUUAUCACUGUCUAAAUAAUUUCUAGUGCUUAGCUCUAGUGCCUGUUGUAUACACUUUCAUGUUAGCCACACUUCCCAUUUCUAUGAGUUUUAGGUACAAAUACAAUUUUGUCUUCUAUUACUGACAUUAUUCUGUUAUGCCAGUAUUGAUUGUACAAUUCAUGACAGCUGCUCUCAAACUGAAGAUAUUUCUAUAAGAAAAACAAAAAGGAUGCUACCUGACCACACAUAUGUUGAGCUGUAAAGGUACAUCUUUAUAAAGUGAUCUUGUUUUUAAUUUUGUAGGUCAAUUUUUGUUACCUGUUUUCACCAUGCCACUCUCUAUUGUCUUUCCCCAUCCCUAUUUUAAAGUGUGUGCUAAAGGAAUGGUUUGAAUGACUAUGGUAUUGCAGUCUAGGCUAGAAGUUGAACUAGACAGCAUUAAACAAAGUAGAAAUUUGAACAAAUUAGUUUGAUUGUGUGACAGAUUUGUUUAAAUAAUUUAUCCAUUUCAAUUGUUUUUCACUGACACACACUAUGAGUUGAGAUAUUUUGAAUUAAAUAAUUUCUACAGAUAAUGAAAUGUAUUUCUUUGACUUGGAAAUGUUAUGAUUUUUCUGCCAAUAGAAUAUAUUUCUCAGGGAAGCCUCUCUUAAUAUAUUAGUUUAUGUAAAGUUUUUUUCUUUUGUUAGAUGAAAAAUAGAAAAUCCUUUGCAUAAUAAAUGUGAUUUAAAAACAAAAGAUGUAGGGUUCUCAUUUUUUUAUAAAGUUUUUUUUUAAGAAUUAGAUGUAAUUGUAAGUCAUCUACUAGAACUCAUCCAUCCAAACUAGAAAUUUUUAUUUGAUUUUAUAUUAAGACACAAUGACAGUGGUGAAUGUACUGUGACAUGUGAGUAAUUAGUGAGUGUAAUAUGUUUAGUUGUAUGUGACAUAAGCCCCUUCCCUCCUUGUACCCAGCAACCUGUUGUAUGUGUUGUUACUUGUGCAAUUCAUUGUAAACUUGAAUGAAUAUCACCAGUUUUGAUAUGUUAAAUGAUUAAAAUAUAUUUUUGAAAUGUU